CUGGGGACCCACCUGAGCGCGCAUGCGCGCGGCCGCCCUGAGGCCUCGGGUCCCGCUUGUGGUGCUCACGGCGCGGUCGUCAGCCCCACGCCUUCGAGGCCGUCGCGUCCGCGCCUUUCUGCCCUCAUCCACGUUCGCCUUACGAGGCGCCUCCCGGUGCCGAGCGCUGGGGGCCUCCGAGCGCUGGGGGGCCUCCGCCCGCGGAGCCUGCAGGUGACCCGACCUGCCCUGGCCCGUGGGAGCCCCCCCGGGGGCCUCCUGCAGGAGGCUCGCCUCCCACUGCUCCCAGGCCCGGGGCUCCGUGUGCGCCGCCCGGCGUGGUGGCAGCAGCCACGCGUGGCUCAGGCUUCCAUACAGCUGAGUUGAGCCGUGGCUGCUAGGUGCUGAGAGCCCAGCCUGAACUGUUGGGAACGCUGCACGAGCCAGGCCAGCGUCGUUAGGAUGUGGCCGAUCAGGCAGACGCUGGCUCUGUGGGAAGACAGUGGCCCUGGUCUCUGUAAGAAGAUGUCCUACGGAUCUAUCGCUGGCAGUGGCGGCCUGGGGAGCCAUGGCCCUUUCGGGGGACCCUCCAGACAAGGCUAUCAGCCCCUAGAGUGCGCUAAAUGUUGGACCGAGUACGGAAUCCGCCAUUUCCCCUGCCCGUCGCCAGACAGCCGCCCGCAGGACCCCUGUGUGGGCAAGGAUGGGGAAGGUGAUCUGGGGUCGGCGGGCACGUCCAGAGGCCCGAGGGCCAGGAAGCGAGGGCCAGGGGUCGUCCCUGAAGCCAGUGGGAUGCCGGAGCCCGCCUCACCACCCACUGCCGGCCCGAGGAAGGACUCCGCCGGUGGGGCCCAUGGCCGGCUGGCGGGACCCAGUGCCACGCGGGCCAAGAAGAGGAAGCCCAACUUCUGCCCGCAGGAGACGGAGGUCCUGGUGUCCAAGGUCAGCAAGCACCACCAGCUGCUGUUCGGCACAGGGCUGCUGAAGGCCGAGCCAGCCCGCAGGUACCGCGUGUGGAGCCGAAUCCUGCAGGCCGUGAACGCCCUGGGCUACUGCCGCCGCGACAUUGUGGACCUCAAGCACAAGUGGCGGGACCUGCGCGCCCUCGUGCGGCGCAAGCUGGGUGAUCUCCAGCGUGUGGCCCACGGCCGCGGCGGGCCCCAGGCCCUGGCCCUCACGCCCGUGGAGCAGGCGGUGGCCAAGACCUUCUCGUGGCAGGCCCUGUCAUCGGAGGGCUUCGGCCCGGAGCCGCUCCGAGCCACCCAGGUGGACCCAGGUGACCUCCAGGAGCUGUUCCAGCAGACAUCGGCCAGCGUCUUCCGAAUUAACUCCCACGUGACCUCCUUGGAGCAGAACCUCCGGUCCCUGGGCACGCCGAAUGACACGCAGGAGCUGAGGGAGAGCCUGCACACGGCGCAGCAGGAGACCAACAAGACCAUCGCGGCCAGCACUAGCGCCAUGAGGCAGAUGACGGAGCUCCUGCGGGGCUGCUCCCGGCAGGAGCGACUUCAGCUGGAGCGCCUGAGAACUCAGCUGUCCGAUGCUAUUCAGUGCUACGGUGUGGUGCAGAAGAAAAUUGCAGAAAAGUCCAGAGCCCUGCUUCCCACGGCACAGCGGGGUGGCAAACAGCAGCAGAGUCCCCAGACCACUUUUGCUGAGCUGCCUGAUGAUGAAAAGAUCUUUAAUGGGGGUGACAGCAUGUGGCAGGGCCAGGAGCAGGUACUGCUUCCAGAGAUCACGGAGGAGGACCUGGAGGCCAUCCGGCUGCGUGAGGAGGCCAUCCUGCAGAUUGAGAGUGACUUACUGGAUGUAAAUCAGAUCAUCAAGGACUUGGCCUCCAUGGUGUCAGAGCAAGGAGAUGCCAUUGGGUCCGGCAGCAGCAAGGCAACGUGCCGGCAGAGCUCCAGCCCAGAGCCAGCCGUGGCGGCCCUGCUGCCUGGGCUGGGCUGUGCACCCCUGCGGCAGGGCCCCCACUCCCGCACCAAGACGCGCAAGCCCAACUUCAGCCCCCAGGAGACGGAGGUGCUGGUGCAGAGGGUGACACGCCACUACCCGCUGCUGUUUGGGGCGCUGCGGGGCACGCCGUCCCGGAAGCACCGCGUGUGGAACAAGAUCCUGCAGGCGGUGAACGCGCUGGGCUACUGCCGGAGGGACCUGGGUGACCUCAAGCACAAGUGGCGGGACCUGCGUGGGGCGGUGCGCAAGAAACUGGCGGAGCGCCCGCGGGCCCCCGGCCUCAUCCUCACCCCUGUCGAGUGCAUGGUGGCCGAGACCUUUUCAGCCCCAGCCCCCCUAGGCGAGGGCCAGGCUGCCGAGCCCCUGCCAACGGACGAGGAAGAUGAGGCCCCCAGCUGCCUGUGGCUACCCCUGCGGACCCUGGAUGGGCCGAGCCUGCCUGAACCUGACCCCUUGGAUCUACGAGGAGCUAUCCCUGCAUCCGCCUCCUCGCCCUCCCCACCAGCCUCCCCAGCCUCGGUGCCCCCUGCGGCUGCGUUCCCAGGGGCCCUUGGGCCCUCCCCACCCUCCACUGUGCCACCCCCACCCCCUGGGCGGCCCGCGGGGGAGGCCUCCGAGUUUGAGCAGCGGCUGCUGGACUCCCAUCGGCGACAGGGUGCGCUGCUGUCGCACUGGUCCCGGCAGCAGAGUGCUCUGAUGGCCCAGCAGAACGUGCUGCUGGAGAGCCUGGUGACGCAGAGCCAGCGGCUGGCCGAUGGCAUGGAGGCCCUCACCCGGACCCUCGAGAAGCUGGUGGGGGCCGGCCCGGUGCGGGGAACCUCGCCUCCGGUCGUGGAUGGCACCCCUGCCGGCGGAGCGGCCUGUGGGCCCGGCAGAGGCUCGCGGGGCAGCCCCCAGGGCCCCCACCCGGGCCUGGAGGUCUUCUCAGGGAUGAUCCUGAAGGUGGAGGAGGAGGUCUAGGGUCUGGCCCCCGGAGGGCUGCACACAGCAUUGUCUCCGGCCCUUCCGGGAGGUGGGCUGGGGGACAGCGGGACGGAGUUGGGGCCUCGACGGAGCCGGCGAGGACAAAGACACCCUCAUGGGCGUUGUCUGUGGUGCUCAACGUGCAGGGAAAGGCCCUGGGGCCGGUCCGUGGGUCCUGAGCAGCAGUCUACUCAGGGACGUCAUGGCUGCAGGAGGCAGAGGGGCGCUGGCAGAGCCCAGCCCCCACUCCCAUCCCGCGCUCUCACCCGCUGCGGAGUGCCUUGGAGGACAGUGCCGGCACCUCCCUGCGGCUGCGGGGCAUAGCUCCCUGGACCUGGAGUGCCCCCGCGAAGCCGCCGCCUCCUCCUCCUGAUGUGUGGGCUUUGUGGCCUGGGAUCCAGCACUUUCCUCGAUUCUGCCAAGGGAACCGCGUCUUGUGGGCCUGCAGUCAUUUCUGCCCGGUUUUACAUCUGUGGGGUGAUGGACACAUGGACGCGUCUGGGUGACUCAGUACUGUAUGGGGGGGAUGCCAUUUUGUACCUACUGAUAUCCUUGCAAAAAAAUAUUUUUCUCAUAUGAGCAUAAAAUAACGAAAAAAAGACA